UUCAUUAGCACACUAUUAGCACCACAUUGCCGUUGAGUAACCAAUCGAAAGGCGGCAAAAUGCGCGCAGCAGCAGCAGCGCCGUUGCGCCGGUUGGGCGCCUUCUGAGCACAGCGCCAGCCACAACGACUGCGCCUACCCCUGUGGCCAAAGCCAAGAAGCUAAAGACAUCCAAAGUCGUCAAGGUUGCCAAGGCUGCACCCGCCAAGACCAUGGCAGCGUCCUCCAAGGCCAAGGCCGCCAAGGCCACAGUACCGUCGGCCGACGGCGCGCCGACGUUCAAGCAUGGCACGCUCAGCAAAGACUUUGAGACGCGACUGUAUGCCAAGGGCUUCAAGUGCGUCGUGGGUGUGGACGAAGCGGGGCGUGGUCCGCUUGCUGGCCCCGUGGUCGCGGCGGCCUGUUAUGUCCCAUUGGAUGUUGUCAUCGAAGGUAUCCACGACAGCAAGAAGCUCGAUGAGAAGCAGCGGAAAUGGCUCUUUGCCCAAAUCACGUCCAACCCUGCUAUCAAAUACGCAGUCCACAUCAAUCCACCGGCGCGCAUCGACGACAUCAACAUUCUCCAGGCGACGCUCGAGUCCAUGCGCAAGUGCGUCGAGGACCUCCCGAUGCCGGUCGACUAUGCGCUCAUCGACGGCAACCGCAUGCCGACGCUCGACGUCGACGGCGAGACCGUCGUCAAAGGGGAUGGGCGCGUCUACUCAAUCGCAGCUGCCUCCGUCAUUGCCAAGGUCACGCGAGACCGCCUUAUGGUCGCCUACGACAAGGAGUACCCCGAGUAUGGCCUCGGCCAGCACAAGGGCUAUGGCACCAAAGCACACAUGCUCGCGAUUCACAAGCACGGCGCGACCCCGAUUCACCGCAUGACGUUUGCACCACUCAAUCAACUCUAACCCAUCAUACUACUAGUACAACGGAAGUCAUUUUAGUGAAAUUGUCAUUUGUCUUUGCA